AUGACCUCCAUCCCCAAGACCAUGAAGGCGUGGGUUCAGAAUGAAUCCAACUGGCUCUCUGUCGCAGAGGUGCCAGUGCCCCAGCCUAAAGACAACCAAGUCCUCGUCAAAGUCCAAUACGCCGCCCAGAACCUAACCGACUGGAAACAUUCAGCCUUUCUCUCCCUCCCCGGCGUCAUUAACGGCUGCGAUUUCGCCGGCACCGUCGUCGCCCUUGGCUCCAAUCUGGCUUCUCCCCUCAAAUUAGGCGAUCGUGUCGCGGGUACGCUUCAUGGCGGGUACUACAAGGACGAAGGAUCGCAUGCGGAGUAUACCUUGGCGGAUAGUGAUUUGACUUGGGUCGUGCCGGAGGGAUUGGGACUUGCGGAGGCGUCGACGUUUGGGGUUGCUUGGGUUACUGCUGCUCAGGCUAUGGUGCAGCAUCAGGGCAAAGCUUUCCCCACUUUGGGAGAUACGAAUUACAUUGUCUAUGGCGGCUCCACCUCGGUCGGUCUGUUUGCUAUCCAACUCGCCAAGAUCCUCGGCUAUCAGGUCCUCGCUGUCGCCUCUCCCCAUUCGUUCCCGUUGCUCAAAUCCUACGGCGCCGACGCCGUCUUGGACUACCACACCCCCGACGAGGCCAUUGCCGAGGCUCUCAAGAUCACCGACGGCGGUGUAGAGUUGGCGCUCGAUACCAUCUCGGAGGGCGAUAGUUUCAGGAUCACGGUGGGGAUGAUGGGGAAGAAGGGAAAGCAGCUCAAUGCCUUGUUGGCUGUCCCGGACAAAGUCAAAGAGCUCAACCCUGAGCUCAAGACCGAGUUUACAGUCAUGUACACGCUUCUCGGCAAGGAGUUUGAGCUUGCUGCGCGCGCACCUGGACAGUUGUUCUUCCCCUCCGUGCCAGAGGAUAGACGAUUCGGCGUAGAGAUCUUCCAGCAGACUGCCGAGCUGUACAGUAAAUACGGCCUGAAGCCCAACCCGGUGCAGAUAACCGGCGGAUUUGAGGACGUGACCAAGGGUCUUGAGCUGUUGAAGAACAACAAGAUUUCGGGAAAGAAGUCUGUGAUUAGGAUCGCCGAAGAGUAG